CCUUUGUCUGUGGGCAGUUUAUAAUCCGAAGUAUUUCAGUUUCGUUGAAAUAGUCGUUGAAGAAAGUCGCAUUAGAAUGCUGAUGUCAAGAGUUUUUACGUUAGAGGAGAUCGAGAAGAAAGAGCAGGCGGCAGCUAAUCUCGAGGAAUAUCCUCCUGAACUUCUCAUCAAGCAUCCGCUCCAAAAUACAUGGACAUUCUGGUAUUAUGCCCCAGACAGGCAAAAGACAUGGGAAGAGAGUCAACGGCAAAUUUCUAGCUUUGAUACUGUUGAGGAUUUCUGGGCGUUAUACAAUCACAUAAUUUUUGCCUCUGAGCUGAAACAGGGGUGUGAUUACAGUAUGUUCAAAAAAGGAAUUCGACCAAUGUGGGAGGACGAUGCCAACAAACAGGGUGGCAGAUGGCUCAUGCAUUUGGAGAAAAAGCAGAGGAGUUGUGAUCUUGAUCGUCUUUGGCUCGAAAUACUGCUUUGCAUGAUUGGUGAGGCUUUCGAUGAUUACUCGGAUGAUGUUUGUGGGGCUGUCGUCAAUAUUAGAACAAAGGGAGAUAAGCUGGCUGCCUGGACAGCUGAUGCUACUAAAUCGCAGAGCGUUAUGGAAAUUGGGAGAAAAUUGAAAGACCGAUUGGGAAUCAAUCAACGACAGACGAUAGGAUAUCAAGUGCACAAAGACACCAUGGAGAAGGCUGGAAGUAUUACCAAAAAUACCUAUCAGGUUUAAAUGGCAGUGGCUUUCGCUGAUGAUCGUUUUCUGAACAUCAAUAAUGCAUCAGAUUGGAAAAAUACCACGAUGAAAGCUAAACAAAAAUAUGAUGCGAGAGAGAAUUUAUUUCAAGAUGUUUAUUUUGGAGUGGAAAUGCUUUCAGACAUACAAAAUCAUUUUCAAAAAAACUUUUGAGCAUAAAUAUUCAUUCUCCUUUCUCUUUUAUUCAAUUAUAGUUGAAUAAUCUUUCCCGCUGAACAAACAACUCAUUGUAAGCUGUAAGAAUACAUUGGGGGAGAGAAACAUUGUAUCAUAAUUAUUUUCAUUAGGUGUAUGAGAAAUACGUGCGGGCUGCUGUGUUUCUGUGUUGCAGACAUUGUUUCUAAACCGUAGAAAAUAUAAAACUCAACAAAAGUGAAUCUUUUCACCUUAAGUGUACGUUUUUUCGAAUUUUCAUAACAAAGAAAAAAAUAUAUACAUACUCAAUCAA